CGGGAGGCGGAGCGGUGGGGGCGCAGGCUCAGCCCCCUGGAGCCCCCGCUGCGUUGAGGCACCCUUGCCCUGCACAGAGAGGCUGUUUUAUAACUGGGAUCCUCGGUGACGUAUGGCUGCCUGCUCCCUGGCAGCUGUUGUGAUGGGCCAGUAGGCAGUGGGGGCCGACGCCUGAAACUUGUGCUCAAUCAGGCGGCGUGAAUAAGCCAGAGGGGAGCAGAGGAAGAGCCCGGGUGUGCCGGAGGAGGAGCGGGGGCACAGCAUUUUUGGUGGAGGGGAUGAAACCCACCAUGGAAACUGCAGCCGAGGAAAAUACCGAACAAAGGCCAGAGAGAAAAGUGAACAGCAGAGCUGAGAUGGAAAUUGGCAGGUACCACUGGAUGUACCCAGGCUCAAAGAAUCACCAGUACCAUCCCGUGCCAACCCUGGGGGACAGGGCUAGCCCCUUGAGCAGUCCAGGCUGCUUCGAGUGCUGCAUCAAGUGUCUGGGCGGAGUCCCCUAUGCCUCGCUGGUGGCCACCAUCCUCUGCUUUUCCGGGGUCGCCCUGUUCUGCGGCUGUGGCCACGUGGCCCUGGCCGGCACCGUGGCACUUCUGGAGCAGCACUUCUCCACCAACGCCAACGACCACGCCCUGCUGAGCCAAGUGAUUCAGCUGAUGCAGUACGUCAUCUAUGGGAUCGCGUCCUUCUUCUUCCUGUACGGGAUCAUUCUGCUGGCAGAAGGCUUCUACACCACCAGUGCUGUGAAGGAACUGCACGGGGAGUUCAAGACCACCGCCUGUGGCCGAUGCAUCAGCGGAAUGUUUGUUUGCCUCACCUACGUGCUCGGAGUGGCCUGGCUGGGUGUGUUUGGAUUCUCUGCCGUUCCUGUGUUUAUGUUCUACAACAUCUGGUCAACCUGUGAAGUCAUCAAGUCACCCCAGACCAACGGGACGGCUGGUGUGGAGCAGAUCUGUGUGGAUGUCCGGCAAUAUGGCAUCGUCCCUUGGAAUGCUUUCCCAGGAAGGAUAUGCGGCUCUGCUCUUGAGAACAUCUGCAACACCAGUGAGUUCUACAUGUCUUACCACCUGUUCAUUGUGGCUUGUGCCGGAGCUGGUGCCACUGUCAUUGCCCUGAUCCACUUCCUCAUGAUACUGUCUUCUAACUGGGCUUACUUAAAGGAUGCAAGCAAAAUGCAGGCUUACCAGGAUAUCAAAGCAAAGGAGGAACAGGAGCUGCAAGAUAUCCAGUCUCGGUCAAAAGAGCAACUCAAUUCUUACACUUAAGCGUUGUGCCAGAGUGUUUCUGCCGAUGAAUUUACCGCUCUGACAAAUCAGACAGCCGCUCUGCAGUACAGAUGUGCAUCCCACUAAACACUUCACUGUCUCAAGCUGCUGGGGGUGUGUUUCUAGGAAAAUCUUCCAGUGGGUAAAUCUUUUCCUUUAGAUCAGAUUAUUGGAGGUUUCAUGCUAGCCAUUUUAAAAGGCAACACUCUGAUAAAAUGUUCAUUUAUCCUUUCGAAAUUUGUGGCAUGCUCACAUUUCUCGCUAGAGCGAUCCGACCCAGAUGGGCCAUGCAAAGAGGCCGUACCUGGAAAAGGGGCCGCCCUGAGUCCACGUCUGCCAUCUGUCCUCAGGCAUACGGACUACCAAAAUUCUACCAAAAUUGGUAGGAGAUUCCAUUGCUGACAUUUAUUACAGUUUGCCUAAACAGUGGGCUUGUUGGAAUGGACUUUAACUGACCCAUUCCAGGAGACAGUGAUUUCCGGGGAAGUGUCAGCUCUGCUACCCCCACUACUGAUUCAUUGACAAGCUUUCCUGACGACUUUAUAACAGUUUUUCAUUUUUUUAACAGUUGCCCAGUUAUCCGUCUGGGGAAAUGUCAGCUCUGCCUUAAUAUUUGCUUUCAAUUUCUAAGAACUUAAUUACAGUGGGGGUAAAAAUCCUUCAUGAAAUUUUAUUCCACAAAUGCUUUUCUUGAGAAGUGUUACCUUAUUAAAAUGACCACCAUCCUAAACCAUUUUUAUGUGGUCUCAAUAGUGAGUUUACAGUUUCAUACCAACUAUCUAAAAACCUAAUUACAACUGAACCUUCUACUUUUAUAGACUUGAAUACUUAAAUUAGGUUUGGUAUUUAUUUCACUUUUUUCUUAUCUGAAUCUUUUCAGUUUCCUGGAAUAAUCAAAGUUCAGUGUUCAGCAAAAACUGAGUUUAAGCCAUUUCAAAAAGAAACUUGCCUUCUAAACCAUUGUGUUUCAGAACAUGAAAUGAUUUCUGGGUAUUAGUGACGGUAAACUUUGUGCUGUUCUUUAUGGGAUGAACCAUAAGUGUUGGGUGCAUCAGUGCUUUUAAAGGGGGCUGCAUAAUAUAGGACUAACUAUGUAUAUUCAUGUUAAGAAUUAACUUGUGGUUAGGCUGUUUCCUGGAUUUUAAAACAUAUACAUGUGCAGAAAUGUAUUAAAAUGAAAGGAAGCAUAUCUUUAUCAAGCGCUAUUAAAAUUGAACAGCAAGUAUAAUUCAUUUGGAUUCUUUUUGUUAUCGUUAAUGCCUAAAACGCCUAUUUCGACCUUGACUACUUUUAGUUGGGAGAAGCUCUCUUCUGCAUAGACUGGUUCUUCCCAAUUAGCUUGGUGUCCUGUUUCCCUGUUGCAUGACACUUCGAUAUCCUUUCCAGCAGUGGAGGUGCUGUUAGAGUCCAGUGUUCUAGAAGCAGCAGUGUCUAAAGCCUAAUUUUACUUUUCUAAUUCUGGUAGCUAUUACCAAGAAUUUCUGGAAGUUUUGUUUAAGUAGUCUAAUUUUUUAUGUAAAGAGCAUUAAAUUUUGCUAUGUAUAAAUUUUUGUAACCUAACAGUGAAUCAAUAUUUUCUAUCAGUGCCAAGGGCUUCCUGUAGUUCUAUUCAAGUGUUACAAAUAAAUAUUUGUAGAUAAUAGUCAGUACUUGUGUAUGCUUAUUUUAAAGAUUUAUCUAGGUGGAAAUAGUUGUGGAUGUACUAAGAGUAAUGAAAUAAAAUUAUAACUUCA